ACUCACAUUUGUCUAUCUGAAUCUCUCUUAUUAACAAAUACCCUUUUUUGCAACCGCUUUGAUAUCGUCUAGUUUGUUUUGUGCCAAACUCGAUAUACAGCAAUGAGCGAUGACAUUGCGCGCACUAACGAUACAGCCACUUUAGCGAAAUUCUCAGCCGUUUCGUUAAAAUAUUACGAAGAUCCCUUUAUUCAAUUCUUUGCGAGGCAGAGCCUGAGCGAGCAAGACCACGCUGAUGAAGGCUUUUCACCAAGAACUAGAAAGGGCGAUGGCCCUUUGAGUCCUCGUGCUAUGUCUCCGUUAAUUAAUCGAGGACACUAUGCCAGAGUUUCAAUUGUUAGAGCCUGCCUGAAGGAAUUUAUUUGCAAAAAAGGUGGAAAACAAGUUAUAUCAUUUGGCGCAGGAUACGAUACAAGCUAUUUUUAUUUGAAAAGCAUAGGCAUUGAAUGCGAAAAAUAUGUCGAAAUUGAUGUACCAGAGGUGAUACAAAAAAAGGCAAGCGUUAUCAUGAAAUAUCGGGCCAAGCAAUUUGAAAAAUACCUACCAGAGCUGAAGUAUCAUCAGGAGAGAGGGAUUAUGUCAAAGCAUUACUAUACGCUACCAGCUGAUCUUCGUUCACCAGAUGCUGUGUUCGAAUGCUUACUUCAAGAUUUUGGUUUAGAGAAGCACGCACCGACACUCUUUUUGAGCGAAUGCGUUUUAAUAUAUAUGGAAGCAGAAGAAGGCGAUCGAUUGGUCUCUCGAAUUCCUGAGUUGUUUUCGCGAGCUUAUUUUGUUUUGUAUGAGCAAAUUCGUCCUAAUGACAGGUUUGGAAGGAUGAUGGUAAAAAACAUCGAAAUUCUUGGGUGUCCAUUGCGAUCGUUGCAUAUAUAUGCAUCUCUGGAGGAUUUAAUUGAUAGAUUCAAGAAGAAUGGAUGGAAGGAAGUGAGAGCGGAGGAUAUGAAUACGGUUUACGAGGAGGUUAUAGUGGCCAACGAGGAUGAAAGGAGAAGAAUACAGAAGUUAGAGAUAUUAGAUGAAUUAGAAGAAUGGGUGAUGAUGAAUCAGCAUUAUUGUUUGGUCAUAGCGAGUUGUGUGUCAGAAGAUGACACGGCAAUUUUGUUCGAAGAAUUAAAAAAAUGGGUCGGAUCAUGAAAAAAAAUACACAGAAUGGAGUGCAUAAAUGGCGUAUUAUGGGGCUGAAAUUUUUUUGUUAUAUGAAAACUAUUUUAGAGGGCUAUAUAUGUAGAAGUUUUGCAUAUAUUUUUUUCAGCGCUUUUUUUCGCAGCAUUUGUUUAUGGUCUUUGCAGUUUGUAUACGCGUGUAUAUACAGUGAUAGCAUUUCGUGUGUCUAGUGAGAAAGAUGAUGCAUAGCGUAGCGACGGAUGAGAUAUCAAGUCAUGCAUUGGCGGAUCAAAAGAAUAAGAACAAAAAGGUAGGUGUUGGGCAGACUAGUUCUUCGAUGUGCGAUCUCUUGAGAGGAGGAAGCGCCUGUUCAUGUUUGUAUAGAUGGACUAAAGGAGCUGGCGGAUGAGGGAGAAGGUUCUGUUGAUGGGGAAAAGUGGAAGUGGAAAAACGUCGAUGAGAUCGAUUAUAUUUGCAAAUUAUAUAGCGAGAGAUACGAUGCGAUUGGGUGUGACAAUCGAUGUAGAGAGGUCGCAUGUUCAAUUUUUUGGAAAUCUGAUAUUUAGCAUAUGGGAUUGCGGUGGCCAGGAUUCGUUUAUGGAGAAUUAUUUUUCCUGUCAGCGCGAGCACAUUUUCCGAAAUGUGCACGUUUUGAUUUUUGUUUUCGAUGUAGAGAGUUUGGUUCCAGAGAAAGAUUUUUUUUAUUACGAGCAAUGUUUAGAGGCACUACAGCAGAACUCUCCAGAUGCCAAAAUAUUUUGUUUGAUUCAUAAGAUGGAUCUGGUGCCAGAGGACACGAGGGAGGCCACAUUUCGGAAAUGCGAGAGCCAUUUACAUUUGAUUUCUUAUCCUUAUAAGAUCACAGCAUUUAAAACGUCGAUUUGGGAUGAGACUUUAUACAAGGCUUGGUCCUUGAUUGCUCAUUCUUUGAUUCCGGACGUGAGGUUAUUGGAAACUAGAUUGGAGAAGCUGCGCAAGAUUUGUGAGGCGGACGAGGUAAUUUUAUUUGAACGAGCUACUUUUUUAGUUAUCUCUCAUGCAACGAAUUCUAGCACGUCUUAUGAUCCAUACAGGUUUGAAAAGAUAUCCAACAUCAUCAAACAGUUCAAGUUGUCUUGUUCCAAGUCUCAGGCACACUUUCAGUCUAUUGAGAUCAAGAACAGUUCUUUAUCUUUUUGGAUUAACAGGUUUACAGUUAAUAACACGUAUAUCAUGAUCAUCAAUACUCACUCGAAUGUUAGUUCCGCUAUUAUUCGUUUGAAUAUACAGUUGGCGAGAAGGUAUUUUGAUUUUUUCAUCAACACCUAGAUUGUAAGCAGCUUUCAUGACG